CAAAAAGCAGACAACACAAGAAUUUGAAAUAGAGUGUGCCGUUUGAAAAACACUAAAAUAAAACACACACUUCAAACUUCAAAAAACUCCUCUUCCUUCAAUGCUCUUUCCCCCAAUCAAAUUUCACCCCUUCAUUUGAACUCGCUUAUCCAGAUUUCUAGAGAGAGAAAGAAAGGAGACAUGACUGGUGUGGUUAUGGUGACUCGGGCCGCCGUCGGGUGCGCCGGCAAGAGCUCGAAAUCGGCCGCCGCGGAGGCGGAGGAGCAGAGCCAGCUGUCGCUGCUGAACUUCAUCCUAUCUGCUCUGAGGAAAUCCAUGGUGUCCACGUGUCGGGUCGACCGGCGGGACCAGGAGGUGAUCUCUGCCGUCCGGCACAUGGAAAUCGGGUGGCCCACGAACGUCCGCCACAUAACCCACGUUACAUUCGACAGAUUUCACGGGUUUUUGGGGCUUCCGGUCGAGUUUGAGGUCGAGGUUCCUUGCCGAGCACCGAGUGCUAGGUUUAAUUACUUGCCUAUACUAGUUGCUUGCGUGAGUGUAUUUGGGGUCUCAGCCGAGUCGAUGCAAUGCUCUUACGACAAUAGGGGCAAUAGCGUCCCAACAAUUCUACUACUAAUGCAAGAAAGAUUAUACUCACAAGGUGGUCUAAAGUCAGAAGGAAUUUUUCGGAUAAACCCCGAAAAUAGCAAGGAGGAACACGUGAGAGAUCAGCUCAACAGAGGCAUCGUGCCUCAAGAUAUCGAUGUUCAUUGUUUGGCAGGUUUGAUCAAAGCCUGGUUCCGUGAGCUGCCAGCUGGCGUGCUCGACGGGCUUUCUCCCGAACAGGUUUUGCAGUGCAAUACCGAGGAGGAUUCGGACGAGCUGAUUAAGCAGCUAAAGCCAACCGAGAGUGGCUUACUAAGCUGGGCUGUUAAUCUCAUGGCUGAUGUGGUGGAGCAAGAAGAUUCCAACAAAAUGAAUGCCAGAAAUAUUGCUAUGGUUUUCGCACCAAAUAUGACUCAGAUGGCGGAUCCCCUGACUGCCCUCAUGCACGCCGUUCAAGUAAUGAACUUGCUCAAGACCCUCAUCACAAAAACGCUACGCGAACGCGAAGAAUCGGGCGAAGAGGGGUACUCGCUCGUCUCUUCUCGAAGUUCUUCCGUUAGGCAGACUGACGAGGAGGAAUACGAUAGCCAACAAGAAACAGAAACCGGAGGCGAGUCAACCGGGCCUGGCUCAGACGAGGAUGAACAGGACCUAUACAGCCCGCGCAGCAGCAAAAACCGAGACAAGCCCGAAUCAUCCUUUAGCGACAUCGAGGAAUGCUUUCUGAGACAGCUGGACGCGAAUGAGAACGCGAAAAACGGGUUUCGUAAGGAGCUCGAGGGAAUCGUACUCUCCAACGGGUUUUCGCCGUCUGAGAGUAAAAUCGAGAGCUCGUUUUUCAGCACGAGCGAUGGUGAGGAUUCGAGACUCAGUUCUUCGCUUGUUUUCGGCCCUUCUUAAGACAGGAUGCAGUUAAUUAAUUAAAGCUGUGUUUUGAUGUUUGAUUGAACCUUGUGUUAAUUAGUUUAGUUUGUUUGUUGUAAAUUAAGUUUUUUAUCAUGUGGGAUGAGUUUAAUUUAGGAUUUUGAUUGAAGUUUGCAGACUCCUUUAGAUUGUGGUGUGAAUGUGUGUGUCACUCACUCUUCAGUUUAGGGCUGAAAAUAGUGAUGAAUCCAUUUUCUGUAACUUUUGCUCUAUCAGCAAAAGGUUUUUUUCUUUCUAACUAUUUGAAGUUUUUCUCCUUUUUUUUUUCUUUUUCUUUUUUUCAGGAGACAUGAAAAUUGUUAAGUAGCUUUUGUGUCAUCCAGAAGCUUGGACUGACAUUGAAUAUUGUCAUGAAAGAACUAUUGUUGGACAGGAUUAAUUGUUAUGCAUCUUUUGAAUUUACAUUACAUGUUUGAUAAAUAACUUUUU